AUGGGCGCAUUCGGAGAGCUACCUACACUGCAACUGGGCUUGGGCGACAUCCAAAAGAAGGUGCGCGGAUUGGGCCAACAGUACACACCCGACAGCAAGGCCCACUACCUGCUCGCUGCCUCCGGCGUCAACACAGGCGCUGCUCUGCGCGACCUCGGCCUCUUCACAAACAGCUCUGUCGCAAAGGCUCCUGCCCCCAUCGCCGCCAACGACCCCCUGUACGGUGAUCUCGAUACCUAUGUCGAGAGUCUCUACCAAAAGGAAAAGAAGGAUCUGUUUGAUGAGUUCAUGGAGGACUCCAAGAGGGACUUUGACCGUUUCAUCGAGGACAAUCUGCAAUGCAACUGGGAGCAGAAGCGCAAGGAAAUCUACGAGCAUUUUGGCAUCACAAAAAAGUCGGACAAGGCAGAGGCCAGCUUCGAGGGCACAACCACCGAUGGCGCACGCGGCGCAUUUGGCCGUUCCAGCCGCAGAGCUCCCUUUGGUGCUUCAGCUGGCGCCUCAAGGAUGGGCUCCAAGUCUGUGCUUGGUGCUACUGGCAGACAGACUUCUAGAGCCAGCCAGUUCACCGACGUGGCUGAGAAGGUCCCUGCUGGCCUGCAAAACGUCAGCGACAAUCGCAUGCUCAGAGACAAGCAGGACAAGUACUCCAACAAGGUCAAGGAGCUCAACAUUGCUCGCAUCGAGGGUCGUCUAUACCCGCUCCUGCACAACUUUGUCGACGUCGAGUCUCAGCCCUCGGCUGAAGAUACCUCAAAGCUUGUCGAUGCUUACAAGGCUCUCGCCGACAUUGUUGGUGAAAGCCCUGAUUACCAAACCUCAUCAGACCCCCGCGCCAUCAAGGAGCGCCAAUUCGCACAGGACUACCUCGACGAGGCGCCCAACUCGCGCAACGCCUUCGACCUCCGCAAACGUAUUAUCGAUGGCUCCAGACGUUUCCUCGAGAAGCAGUUCCUCGGCCAGCUCGAGACGGCCAUCCUCAAGAACGCCAAGGAGGCUGCUCUGGGAGGUGUCCCUUCGGUCAUCAACAAGGUUCGUGCUUAUGUUCGCCUACGUGCUGCUCGCAAGGAGCUCGGUCCCGACACCAGCGAGCUACAAAUGAUCAAUGACGACUACCCCUGGGUCCUCAUCUUCUACCUUCUGCGUGCCGGUCUCGUCAACGAGGCUGCCGAGUAUGUCGCCGACAAUGAACGUGCUAUCAAGGCUUGCGAUCGCAACUUCCCCUUGUUCCUUGCCAGCUAUGCUCGCAGCACCGACCGCCGUCUGCCUCAGGAGUUACAAAUCAGAAUCAACAACACUUACUCUCAACGUGCACAAUUCGCUCCCGAAAACAGUGUCGACCCUUACCGCAUGGCCUGCUUCAAGAUCAUCGGUCGUUGCGAGCUCGGUAGACGCACUCUUGAUGGCAUCAACCAAAACAUGGAAGAUUGGGUCUGGCUACAGUUCGCUCUUGCCCGCGAAGUCAACCGUGUCGAAGAGACUGCUUCUGAGGUCUUCGGCCUCGAGGAUGUCAGAAAUGUCAUUCACGAAGUCGGUCAGAGGCAUUUCGUCCAAGGUGCCGAGGGUGCCGCCGGAUAUGGCACCUACUUCUUCCUUCAGAUUUUGGCCGGUCAGUUUGAGAGCGCUAUUGCCUGGUUGUACCCCAACAACUACCUCAGUGCCGUACACUUCGCCAUUGCUCUCAACUACUACGGCCUCUUGCGUGUCAACGACUACAGCAAUUCCGAGGACCUCUUGUCAUACACUACAAGUCAACGUCCGCAAAUCAGCUUUGCUCACCUGGUUGGCUACUACACCAAGGACUUCCGCGCUCAGUCGCCGACUACUGCUGCUGACUACAUCGCUUUGAUAUGCUUGAACGGAGACCUGGGUGGAGAGAUCGGACAACGUCAAGUUGCACUCUGCCACGAUGGCCUUCGCGAGCUUGUGCUCGAGACCCGCGAGUUCGCCCAGUUGCUCGGAGACAUUCGUUCUGAUGGUCAGCGCAUCCCUGGCUCUAUUGAGCAGCGUCUGAAGAUCAUCCGCAUCGCUGACGAAAAGUCCUUCUUGCGUUACAUCACAAUCAGCGCCGCUCAGAUCGCCGACGACAACGGUCGUGUCACUGAUGCCGUUCUGCUUUACCACCUGGCCGAGGAGUACGACAACGUCAUCACCAUUUGCAACAAGGCUCUGUCGGAAGCAAUCAGCGUGGAGUUGGGCGAUGCACCACUGCGUCUCACUCCCCUCAAACCCCGCGAUCCCACCUCCGUCGAGACAUCUGCAUCUCUCAGUUUGACUGCUGUCGAGGAUCCUUACACCUUGACUCGCAACAUGCGCGCACUGUACGAGAGCAACCAACUCCACGCCGCCAAGAUCAAGCAGGUCAACCGCGAAUCCUGCACCCUCCUCCUUGGCAUGGCAGAGGCCAAAUCCCUCGUCGCCGAAGGCCGCUGGGCCCUCGCUCUCGACGCUCUCAACAGCCUGAACUGCCUCCCCAUCUCUGCAGGCGGCAAUAUGAGUCUCAUCCGCGCCUCUGCCAAUGCCUUCAGCAAUCUUCCUCCUCCUGUUGCUCGCAACAUCGGUAAUUUGCUCAUCUGGACCAUCACUUGCUGUGGUCAACAGCGCGAGUACCUCCGCUCAUCACCCUCGGGCUUCGAAGAGCGCGGUCGCGAAAAGGUGGCUGAGGAUAUCUUGCAGGUUGCCAAGGACACUAUGGUGUUUGCCGGCUUGAUCCAGUACAAGUUGCAGCCCAGAGUUUUCGAGGUGCUCACUCGUGUUGGUGGUGACGUUGGUGCCUACUAA